AUGCCUGCUCCAGCUGCCUCGGCCUUCAACCCUCGCCAGCGCCUCUCCAUUCUCACCAACUCGACCCUCGGUCACGAUGUCAGUGCUGCCCUGAAAGCAUCUUCCAGCCUGGCCUCUCGCUCGUCAGAUGUCAACGAGACACCAGCACCACCGCCAUCGCCAGUUGAUUUCUCUUUCCCAUCGACACCAGCAGAGCAACGAUCACCCAGUGCAUCGGUCCACCUUCCACUCAACGCAGCCGCAACGGCGCGCUCCGCUCCCGCUGCGGCAGUCUAA